AUGCACACACAGAGACCACAUCCAGCACGGAGGCGAUUCUUUGCCCUCCUCAUAAUCACGCUUGGCCUCCUAAUACCCUCCACCACCGCCCAUGCUGAUACCCAAGACCUCUUCGAGUCAUAUGCCACCCGCGGUGAAAUACACAUCGACACAGCUCUCCUGCAUCGACGAGCAGCCCUAUCCUCCGAGCCCCUUGCCACAGCCUCAUCGCCAGUCUCGCCAUCCUCCGCAACCUCUGCCACCGCCUCCGGCGAUGUCGCCCUCCCAGCACCCUUCGACACCUCGCUGGGCUCCAACUUCACCGCCUCAACCUGUCCCACCUUCUUCAACUCCUUCCUCACCAACAGCACCUUCUCACAAUGCACACCCCUCAGCCUCCUCCUCCAAAACAGCCAAGGCUUCAUGGCGGCGCAACGCGCCCCCACACAACUCAAAGCCAUCAUGGACGCCGCGUGCGCAGCCCCCAUCUCCAUCUGCGCCGCCACCAUGACCGACAUCGCCCGCCAACUCACUCUCGACACACACUGCGGCGCCGACUUCCGCGCCCGCCAACCCCUCGUCAUUCAAGCCUACAACGGCCUCCUCGGCUACGAGGCCGUCGCCACCUCCACCUGCCUCAAAACCACAAACUACAACGGCACCGCCGCCCCCUCCACCUCCCUGCCCGACGAUGACGACGACAAAGCCGCCCAAUACUGCUUCACCGCCGCCCUCACCAACCGCGCCAGCCCCUCCGACCCCUUCCCCUACUACACGGCCAUCGGCAUGAACCUGCCCUCCGUCGCCACGCCCACCUGCAACGGCUGCCUGAAAGCCGCCAUGCAGGUUUUCGCGCAGUGGGCCGUCAAGAGCGAGCAACCCCUGAGCAUGACGUACCUGGCCUGCGCGCAGACCGUCGACGCCGUCUGCGGCGCCGGCUUCGCUGACACCAACGUCAAGGUUGGCAGCGUCAAUAGCGGCUCCGGCAUGAAGAACACGCAGCCCGAGCAGGUCAGUGCGGCGUCGGCGAGAGGCGGCGUGAGGUCUGCGGCGGUGUGGGGCGUCGCGGGCGCGGCUCUGGCCGCUCUGGCGGUGCUGUGA